GUCUCAUCUCUAAUUUGCGCGCGAAUUUCUUUAAUAACAAUGGAAGCAGAUUUGCUGCCGCUGAGGAAGCGAAUAACAAACACCUUCAAGCUAUGUGGCUUCCUGAUCCGCUCGGAGAACAGCUCCUAUCUGGCGGAGCAGCUGCUGCCCUUCGAAGCCGCCGAACGGGACAAAUGGCUGACGGUGAUCACCGAGAAUUUGCAAAGCCAGAAACUACUGACGCCUCAUGUGGAGCGGGCAGCCUUGGAAAAGGCCAUCAAUGAACUAAACCGUGUGGGAUUGGACGAAGGGGAGACGGUAUUCGCCCUGAUAGAUGCCUUUACGGUGCCUCGAUUUCGCUACAAUCAGCGGGUCAAGAAGUUCGAACUGGACACUCAGCCGCGCCAGCUGCUGACCGCUCCUCGCAUGAAAUCGGACUACAUGCAGCAGCGCUAUGCCAUGUUGCUCCAGAAAACACUGCGACAUGACCUAUUUGCACCAGCUGUCAUCCAGGAUGGCGUUGCAGCCGAGGCCCAGGCCAAGAAAUUCAAGCUCCAGUUUGCGGAGAACCUGUUGGCCACCUCGGCGGUAAAGGAGGCCGUCGUUCUGGGACUGCUCACCCAGCUGAAGGAGGGCAAGUUCUAUGUGGAGGAUCCCACCGGCUGUGUCCAGUUGGAUCUCACUGGUGCCCGUUUCCAUGCCGGCUUUUUCUGCGAGGGCUGCUUUGUGCUGGCUGAGGGGAACUAUAAAGAGGGGAUACUCAAGGUUGAUGGCCUGGGCUUUCCACCCGCGGAACCUGCCACCAGCAGUCGAGCCUUUUUCGGUACCGCCAACACCUGGGGCGGUGAGUCCAGCAAGCUGCUCAAGUACUCACCCCGUCUGCAGGAGCUAGAGCGCACCAACACCGAAACGACCAUAGUUUUCCUAUCCGAUGUCCGUUUGGAUCUGCCCGUGGUCAUGGACAAGCUGCGCCAGCUGUUUGUGGGAUACGACUCCUGCCCGCCGCAGGCAAUAGUACUCAUGGGACCUUUCACGGCCAGCACUAGGAAUCACCACGAGCUUAGGCAUCACCUGGAUGCAUUGGGUGGCCUGGCAGCCGGCUGCGAGCAGCUGAAGAAGCAAACGGAUUUGAUACUUGUUCCCUCAUCGGAAGAUCCCACGGCUCCGAAUAUACUGCCUCGUGCCCCUAUUCCUGAAUGCCUGGCAUCGGGACUGCUGAAGGCCUGGCCCCGAACCCAGCUGGCUACGAAUCCCUGCCGUUUGCAAUACUGCACCCAGCAGAUAGUGGUUUGCCGGCUGGACUUGAUGGCCAAGUUUUGCCGCAACACCUUGCACUUCCCCGAAGAUACGUCGCAGAUAGAGCAGCACUUUGCCAGAACCAUUGUGUGCCAGGGUCAUUUGGUGCCCAUUCAUCCCAUUGCCAUGCCCGUGCACUGGGACUACGAUCCUGCCCUGUGGCUAUAUCCACUCCCAGAUCUGAUAGUUAUGGGGGACUCGUGUCAGAGUUUUAGCAGCAAUCAACACGGGUGCACUGUCCUCAAUACCGGCUCCUUUGUCAAGUCCAAGUUCGCCUUCAAAGUGUACAUCCCAGCCACGCGAACGAUUGAGGACUCGGAGAUACCGGACGAUGUGGAGUAGUUAUGGUAUAGUUAAUCUAAACGUAAGUUAAAUAAUUAUUUAAAUUUAA